AUGCCUCCCAGUGGAGAACCAACAGGGAGUUGGAGGGAGGCGAGCACAACCACCACUCUGAGCCCUGUUGAGUACCUGAGGUACAAGGAACCCUUGGAACAUUUGGAAACAUUUAAAGCCCAUAUGACCCUGCACGAGUUACUAGGAGAAGUCGCGUGCAAGGCGUUUCCUCUCACUUUAAAAGGGACAGCGAGAGCAUGGUUCGGGUCCCUACCGCCUGGUACUAUCGACAGCUUCGUCGAGCUCGCUCGUCUUUUCCUGAUGCAGUUCAUGGCAAGCAGGAAAAUGAGGCAUCCUGCUGCCUAUCUCUUGAUUGUGAAGCAGUGGGACGAUGAAAUCCUGAAGUCAUAUCUCUCUCGGUUCAACAGAGAGCACAUGACAACAGACGACCAAGAUGAAAAGAUCACUCUGGCAGCUCUACUAGGGGGUCUGUCCCAUAACCCCUUUAUGACCGAGAUCACGUGGAAGACUCCCACUUCGUGA